AUAUACUUCCCCGAUGACUUCUACCCCGUCAUCAACGCCGAUCUUAACGGCUCCUUUCAUUCGAGGUAUAUAAUCGACGAAGAGGGCAAGAUAGCAAGUCAUAUAUCAUGGAGCUGCUUCAAAAUCAAAAAGAUCGACGCAGACGAAAAAUCCCCAGAAAUCACCUACGACUGGCUCCAAGUAUCAGCCCUAGUCCAUUUUCACGCAAAAACCGGCCAGCAGGUAGUCUUCUUCAUCGAUCUCCCCAGCAACGCCGAAGAUUCGAUAAUCAAAAAAUCACUCUCCUACUCUCGUCACGACAAUGAGAACCCAUUUAUCUGGCACACGAUUCUCUCUCGCCAGGUAAAGUUCCUCUACGAUGAUACAGUUUGGUCAAUACGGAACCUUGUACGGCCAGUGGAAAAGGUGCGUCCUGAUCAUACUUCUACAUCCAUGUCUUCGGCUACGACAGCUCGAAAUCAGGAGAAACCCCCGGCGCCCAAUUUCCCCAACCUACACGAUAUAGCACGUCAUGUUUCGCAUGCGAAUGAGACUCUACAGGUCGCUGAGCAUACACUGGACCGACUGGUUCAGGCACAGAUAUGCUGGAAAACGGAGUACUAUGACGGUAACACUGGAACUGCCAAACGGAAUCGCAUGGUCUGCCUUCAAAACAAGCAGGAUUUGCUGUUUUUGGCUAAGGAGAUACAUUCGCUGAAGACGCGGUCCGCAUCUUUGAGCGAGAGGUUGCAGAACGAAAUCAAUUUGGCAUUCAACAUCGUCUCCCAAAACCUAGGCCAAAAUGCCCAAGGCGACAACGCCAUGAUGAAAACCAUCGCAAUCGUCAGUUUGGUCUAUGUACCAGGGUCAUAUGUCUCGAGCCUCUUCGGAAUGAACUUCUUUGACAUGGGAUCAGAGGAAGAAUUCACCGUUUCGAAUCAUUUCUGGAUUUACUGGAUCAUUACGAUUCCCUUGACGGCUGUCACGGUGUCGAUCUGGGCGAUAUGGCAUUGG